GUGCACCCUAGCGUGGAUCUUUGAAGGGUAAUCCUCGCGUGUAUACGAAGGUUACCCAAAGAUCGACAGUUUACCGGUACGGCCUGGUGGUACUGGAAGCAGCGGUGGAGUCGGCGGCCGUGGUGGGAAAUGCGAAAAUCGAUAGCGCUGCCGGAAUAUGGGAAACUUUGAUUUCAUUCCACUUUAGCCCUUCAAAGCGACAAGAUGGUGCGAUUCAGAUUGAAGAAAAUUCUUCAAUACUUGCUUUUUGCAUCGGUUGUGGUGCUAGUCUGGCGAGAAUUCGAGCGUCUCGACGGCAGCCGUGGAUUGAAACCUGGACGUUUUGAACCCGAGGCGAGGAACCAGCCACUUGUUGCCGGGGUAAACGUAGCACCGGAUGGCCCUGUACGGCGGUCGGUGGGCGGCCGGGGAGGCGGAGCUGAUGAUGGUGGUAUUCGUGGCGGAGUAGGGGCAAGGGGACGCGAGCCGUUAUGGCAGGAAAACAAACAAAUAGACUCUGGAAUUGUGAGAGCAAAGCAAAGGGAUAUCGUUUCAGAAGUGGACCCUAAACCUGUUUUACCUGCAAACAUAAUUCUCCAAAGAAAUUCAUCAAACCAUAAGACUUCUAGUGAGAUUUCUUCCAGAAUUGACCUUCAAAAAGAAGCUGCAAAACCAAAGAUACAUGAGAAAGAAGCUAAAUUAGACGGUCAUCAAGUAUUUUCUGUAACAAUAGAUGAACCAAAAGUUGUGCAGAAUGCAAAUCCCGCCGUGCCAAUCAAAAACUUGUCAAACUUGGUGGCGAAGAAGCAGGCUUCAAAUUUUACUAUUGUAGUUCAAAACGGAGACAUUCCAUCCCAGUCACUCGCACACAAACAAACUGAACUGUCAGAUGUAUUUAUUGGAGUGAAAACAACUGAGAAAUACCACAGCAGUAGACUUCAGCUCAUCUUGGAUACCUGGUACUCAUUAGCUCCUGAACAGGUGUGUAUGAUACAAGUAUUAUGGUCCAGAUUUUCUGGAAUUUCGAAGUCUGAAACAGGGAGUGAGGAAGUUGAAAAUUGUUCAUGA